GGCACUGUGCGUGGUCGUGUGCGUGUGUCCUAAAAGGGACACAGGGAUAUCUAUAGAGGACGGAGCGGGAGACCCAUGUAGACGGCACGCCGGGGAAUAGUCAUGUCGUCAGGAGCAGGCUCCAGUGGAACUGGGCGAGGACGUGGUUCCUCCUUGGCAGACAAUAAACCAGACAGUAAAGAAGCGAAGCCAAAUCCAAAGAUGUCGAAAGCUUUAGGGACGUCCGCUAAGAGGAUACAAAAAGAAUUGGCAGAAAUUACGCUGGACCCACCUCCCAAUUGCAGUGCAGGACCAAAGGGUGAUAACUUAUACGAAUGGGUUUCUACCAUAUUGGGUCCUCCAGGUUCGGUUUACGAGGGCGGUGUGUUCUUUCUUGAUAUACAUUUCUCGCCAGAAUAUCCUUUUAAACCUCCUAAGGUUACAUUCCGAACGCGCAUCUACCAUUGCAAUAUAAAUAGUCAAGGAGUAAUCUGCUUGGACAUAUUAAAGGAUAAUUGGUCCCCUGCAUUGACAAUUUCGAAAGUCUUACUGUCAAUAUGUUCCCUUUUAACAGACUGCAAUCCAGCUGAUCCAUUGGUAGGUAGUAUAGCUACGCAAUACCUACAAAAUAGAGAAGAACACGAUCGCAUAGCGCGGCUUUGGACCAAACGCUAUGCCACAUGAGCAUAUUCUUAAUUCAUAUUAAACUCCUAUUAGUCUCAUGCCAACUUAUGAUCAUUGCUGCUCUCAUACAACUUGUCUCAUAUGUAGCCUGUACACAUCUUUAUCUAUGAUCAUGUUGGUCAGAAAACACAAGUGAGCGAAGACCGUUUGAGAUCAGCUCAAACAUGAUUGUGAUGUGCUUUUAUGUAGAGUAUGUAAUGUGCCUAAGACGGAUGAAUGUGCGUGCAAGUGUUUAAAAACAAGUGUGCUAGGGCAUAACGAGACAGGAGUUUUUCACUUAAAAAGUUACAAUGAGAUAGUAUUUAAAUGGAUUGUAUUGUUCACAAAACAAUACCAGCCACAAUGCUGCUAAUGUUUCUAGAAUAGGAGAUAACAUGAACAAUAUUGAUAAUCUAAAGUGUAAGUAAUUAAUAGAUAGAUAUAUAGGCGAUAAGACGUAAAUGUAGAGGCCCAUUUUUCCAUAAUUAGCUCCCAUAUUUUUAUAUUGAAUUGCGUUAAAUUUAAAUUAUUAUGUUCAUAUACAUGUUGACGCCUGACUCAAGAUAUAGGCUAAUUGCAUGUAACUGUAACUAUAAUUUAACUGCUGCAAAACUACCGUAUACAUUUUGUGUUCAUAAUACAAUAAUUGUAACGUUCUGCAUGAAGCAGAGGUCGGUCAUGCUUGUGCUAUCAGACAUAAUUCAAUUGUCUGGGCCCAAAAUAUAUUGUAACUGUAAAUAAAUAUUAUUUACUGUAUACUUAUAUACUGGUACAUUCAAGAAA